AUGAGCUUUUCCAGGCUUCUUUUGGAUGUCGACCCACACCUUGCAUCUACUCUUAGAGGGGUGGACCACGAAACACAGUUCCCCGUGUUACAUGUUGUUAAGAGAAAAUGGAAUAGCUUCUUGUUUUCAGCUGUCACGUAUGCCAUUUUUGAAAAGCGGAUAGUUCACAACUUGAUCCAAAUGAUCCCCGACUUGGCAAACAUUCCAUUGAUUUCGUGGUUCUUUUCGAAAGAGUUAUCUUCCGUUGCCCCUGGAAGCCUAGCUGUGGUGGCCUCCUCCAGACGCUUUCUGGAACAGACCCCUGAGGAGCCCGUUGCUUACUUAGACGCGGACAAGGUAAUGCAAUUUCCAAAGGAGAAUCAAAAGAGAUCAUACGAAGACGCGAUGAUUGAGUAUACAAAGCUGAAGGAGCUUUAUGUGGCACAAGAAAGAGCACGUUUGUUGACCGAGUUGGUCCAUUUGGUGCAGUGGUGCUGGGAGGAGCGAACUUUGUCUGUGGUUUGUUAUUAUUCCCCCGAGGAGCUUACAGGGAUAGAAGAAGCCAUUGAAGCUGCCAUGGAAGAGUCAGAAAAGGGUCUUCUUUCGGUGGUCACUUCACAGAGCAAGCGUGAGCUAGUGGUUGGUCGCAGCACUCAGGAAGGUGGAUUUAACAGGGGUUUCACAACGCUAAAUUGCCGUCUUCUAAACGAGGCAAAGCAGCCAAAGGAUACUACUGAGCCGGAGCAACCACCGCAGGAUAAGCUGGAGCUGGUAUCAGAUAAGGAUACAAAGGUGGCGAGCCCAGAUUCGGCCUCUCUCUUCAAUUUCUCGAAUCCUGUCGUGGUUCCACCAGGAACAGAAGAGCAGAAGAGUCCGGAGGUAGACGAGGAUAGCCCUGAUGAUUAUCUCACCACCAUUUUCGAGAACAUGGAGCCAUAUAUUGAUACUUACGAUGUCUACAAGCAACUCACGCGAGCAGGCUUCACCCCAGCACAGAGUGACGAAGUGAUUAACCUUCUCAUAGUGCAGGUGAAUUCAAAGCUUCUGAAGCUUUCUACCAAAUACUCUCAAGAGUACGAGCUAGAGAAUGAGCGAUACCUUUUUGAAAGUGCACAGCAGGAGCUCAAUGUCGACGUCACUCGCAACCGCGAGAAUCACAUCAACGAUAACAUCAAUCAGAUCAACGUGCUUGAACGUGACUUUGGUACAAUCAGAGACGAGCUCAACAAUCACUUCAUUCAAAUGAAGAACGAUAUCCAGGUCGCCAUUAACGACCAGAAAUCCGAAAACACGCUCAUGAGCAAAAACAUAAUGCUACGCAUCAAAGAGACGAACCAUAAAAUCACGACAGACUUCACCAUGGCUAUGCGCUCAGAAAUUGAGAGUCUUCGAUGGCACUUGUCUAGAUGGGGUUUGAUAGCAAUCAUGGUGUCGGUGUUCUCUGCUUGCGCUUCGUUCUAUGUCUACAGAAUCCGAAGCUUCAGGAAAGCCGCCGAAAAGAACGAGUUUGUGCCAUUAGUCAUUUAUGAGCCAAGCGAAUACGAUGAGGACGACUUUCAUGCCGAUUUGGACCCUAGCAUCCUCUAA